CACUUCCCUUCUGCGAAGAACUACUACCGCUCAUAUCCGGCUUUGCGUUUCGCUUUAAAUACAUAACAAACCCGGAAAAGGUAGCAAGUUUACUUGCUGCGCUCCCGCACAGUCCGGCAGUUUCACACAGGCCUACAUUCAGGAUUUUGGCGCAGAAAUGUAAAAGAUAAUCAAAAGUUAAUACACAUCAUAUUGGAAGCUGUGUGAUGGACCGCAGCGGUCGUGUGAUUCAAAUCAGCUCUUGAUACAGUAUAACAAGCUUUGGUGGGAGAUGCCGUAUUUGGACAGGCAAAAUCGCAUCUGUGGUUUCCUUGACAUAGAAGAGAAUGAGAAUACUGACAAAUUCUAUCGCCGAUACUUCAUCCUGGAUACCCACACCAACUUCCUCCUUUGGUACAUGGACAACCCUCAGAACCUGCCUAAGGGUGCCGAUUCUGUGGGAAGUGUAAGACUGACCUACAUCUCCAAGGUCAGUGAAGCAGCACUCAAACAGAAACCCAAAGCCGAGUUCUGCUUUGUCAUCAACGCACUGUCCAGACGUUACUAUUUACAAGCCAAUGACGCGGUUGAUCUGAAGGAAUGGGUUAAUGCGCUGAACAACGCCACCAAAAUCACAGUUCCUAAGGCAAAAACAACAACCCAGAGUUCAGAUGUCUCCACGGUGCCUCCCAAGGGCCAGAGUGUACCGCCUCAAGCCUACAAAGCAGAGAUCGUGGGAGGGGUGGUGGUUCACACUCCCAUCAACCAGAAUGAGACUGAUGAUUGCAGCAGUGAAGGAUCAUACAGGAGGCAGCAGAAUAUCCGGCCCAAUGUUGUGAGAUGCGGCUACUGUGUCAAACAAGGAAACGUGAGGAAGAGCUGGAAAAGAAGAUUCUUUCUACUUGAUGACCAGGCUGUAAGCUACUUCAAAAACGAAACGGAUAAGGAGCCCUUACGAAGUAUCCGGUUAAUGGACAUUACAAAAGUUCACGAAUGUCUUGUCAAGUCUGGGGACCUUCUGGUGCGAGACAACCUCUUUGAGAUCAUCACGCAAACCCGGACCUUUUAUAUCCAGACGGACACACCUGAGGACAUGCAUGGUUGGAUCAAAGAUAUUGGAGUAAAAAUUCAAGACUACAGAGGUCCUGUGAAGGACUCUUCCUUCGCACGGUCCGCCUCCCUGUACCGCCAGAACAUCCGCUCUGGUCAGGCCCCCACCAUUGGGGCAGGCAGAGGCAAACCAUCUCUGGUCAAGUCCUGCUCUGUAACGUCGUCUUGGCAACCGUGGAUGCCAGUUCCUUCUGCCACGUGCCAGGCGCUGAAUGAGAGCAAGGUGGAGUCGGAUAGGAAGGACCGAGAGGUGGUGGAUCGGGGUGGCAGCAGCCCCUUCGCAUCUCUGCCUUCGCUCCUGACCCAGCCUUCCGAUGCCCCCCAGCGGCAACGACACUGCUCCCAGCCGCAGACCGCCUCCGCUAGGGAUCUUCCUUUUCACACGGACACUGGUGCGCGUUCAACAGAUGUCUAGCUCAUCUUUUUUUGUCCAGCUCUGCUUAGGAUUUGAAAUGCGAUUUUUAAGUGCUUGCUCUAAUCCUUAGAGCCUAAUGCCCACAAGUGCUACAUAGAGAACUAGCCUUUAAAAUAUGCAGGUAACUUGCUGCAAGGAUCUUUUUUUACUGAUUUAACUGACCAAUGCCAUGCAUAGCCAUUAUAAAGAAACUACGUACAUGGCAUUUUUAAAUUCAGUCAACAUAAUGCCAUGUGUUGUUUUUAUGUACUUCUUUCAAGUUCUCUGGUUUUGUAUUUAAUUUGUUUACAGUGCAUAUGGGUACAUCAGUAUUUGCUCUUAAGCAUAUUGUCCUUGAAAUGAAGUUUGGGCUUCUCAUCUCCAAGUGACUUUCAACUGGAUGACUUAAGUUUAGCCGGCAAGAUACCAUAGCUUUAUGGUUUGCCAUGCUCUCCAAUAGGAUUUGCCAAGAUUUGCCAGUAAAGGGCUGUCAGUUGAGAAUGGUGCUGGAACUGUUUAAACAUCUUCAGAAUAUGAAAAACAAUAACCUGUUACCUGACCAAUAAUCCAUAACUCUCCGUAGAUGAAUGAAGUCCUGCCUUGCUUUACACGUAUACCUGCGAACGUAUUUCAGAAGGUGGGCCUUCUCCAGUUCCAGUUGAGAGAAGAGGAAAAACACCAUUAUCAACAAAACACGUGCCCUAUUCAUCUUUUAGGGAAAGAAUAUGAUUCGACAACACAAUUGUAAUCGACAUGAGCCAGCCAUUGUUGUCUGAGAGAAACUCAAUUCUCCACUAUGACACAUCAAUGAAAAUGUGUGCAGCGAACCUAAUUAGCAUUUUUUUGUUGUUUUUUGUUUUUGGGGCUACCUCGACGCACCUCCCAUCGGCACAUGUUCCUGAUGUAUUGUACAUGUAAGGAGCAAGGUGGAACUACAUUCAUCUGCCGGACAAAUCACAUUCCAUAUAAUUUGACAUCAUGAUAUUCCAGCAGCCAGACACAGCUAGACAAGAAGUUAACUGCCCACUCGGUUGUAUAGAUUCGUUUGCACAUGCAACCUAUGCCCAAAUCAAGUGUGAAGCUAUAGUUUUAGGAACUGUUUACACAUACAGUAUAUUGAUAUUUUACAAACACAUACAUUUUAAUCUGUUUGGGCCUGUUUACAUGUAAACAUAGUUGUAAGUGGAUUAAAAAAAAAUGUGCCUGAAACAGAUACAGGUCAGCAAAAAAUGCACAAAAUCAAUUUUAAAAUAAAAUUGCUCAUUAUUGCCAAUCUCAUGGAUAGUGAUUCCAAAUUCCAUGCCAAUUUGUGUUGACAUAACAAUUGAACUUUCUUUUGUCCACAUGUGUAAACGGCACUUGAAAAUAUAAACGGCUUAAAAAUAUCUGUUUUUAAAAAAUAUCCAUACGUGUCGGUGAGGCCUUAGGCACCGUCAUAAUGAGUAUAGUCAUGCAUGUGUAAUCAAGUCAAGUAGGUUUUUUUUUAUUGUCAAUUUCUUUACAUGCACUGGUCAUACAAAGAAUUUGAAAUUACAUUUCUUGCUUUCCCAUACAGACAUAGACUAAUCUAGGUAAGGACAUAGACAAUGUAAUGGAAGCAUUCCAAAUGGGCUUUUAGCAGUGCGGGUGGCUAUUCCUAUUUAACUAACCCGUGCUAAGUAAUUCAUAAGGAUUCUAAAACCUCAUAACAGUAAGAGUCCUAUGGCUUCAUUGCAGUAGCUGAAAUGGAACAGGGCUUACCAUUUGAGGUGCUCUGCAUGACCUACACAUGUUUAAGAGCCCUAAACCUAGUUUUUAGUACACUUUUUUUAACAUGACCACUUUCCUCAAUGAUGUGACCAGGGGCUUUACUACAAAGUUGAUACAUUAAAACAAACCUGGUUCAUUUAACCUAUAGGUACACAGACACUUAUUGUGUGUAAGCGUUGAAAUUUGGGAACAGAUUAAGCCGUGCUCUAGCAUGUUUUACAGUUAAUUAAACCAGAGUAGCACUUAUUCACCUUUGUAGUAUAUCCCCCAGCAGGAAGAAUACUAUCUGAGCGAUGAUGAAUUCAAGAAUUGGCCAAGUUAUAUUUGAAUGGUUAGGUGCAUAGUCAGAGAAUGUGAAGGUGAAGCUUAUGUUGACGGUCCCAACAAUGUGUGCUGUUGGUAUUCAUUUCUGAGUGCCACUUAGAAUGGAAUAUACACGUUUGUAUUUGAGGUGUUUUGUUAGUCGUUUUGUUUUUGUUAGUGCUCAAGCAUUUUCAUUCUGAAAUUGUAAUAUUUAAAAUUAAUUCUAUUCCAUGAGACCGCAGUGAUUGAUUGAUAUGGCUGAUAUACAAGAGGGUGAAAAAAGGCCUGUAAUUAUGUGAAGCAACUUCAUUUACCAGCAUACUAUAGGAACUGUAGCUUGAUAUAUUUUUGGUACGAUGGACAAAAGUAAUGUGUAAAUUAAAUUAAGCCUAUUUGCACUCUUGGUUUUCAGUGAAAACGAUGGAUCCCACUGAGUUACUGAGUGAUGAAACUCCAGACAGAAUGGUGCACCUAAGUCACGCCCUCUACUUCCUGGUUCAUGGGGCAUGGGGAGUCAAAAAAAUAAGUACUGGGCUUGAAAUGAGUGGUUUUUCGACGCAAAUCCAAACCUUGGACCUCCACCUAUCCACCACAAAUCCACCACGACUCGCUUCGUUCACUUCCAUUCAUUUUUUUGCAACUUAUUGCCCUAUGAACCAGGAAGUAGAGGGCGUGACUUUUGUGCCCCAUGGCAAAGCACAGGAUUUGCAAAAGUUACAAAUAUUUGGCUUUUGGUUAAAUAUAUAAGAGAAGUGAAUUCAAAGUGUAAAGCCAAAUGUUGUAAUGUAAAGAUACUGUGACUCUGCUUAGAGAUAACGUUCAGGACGAGUAUUUGUUCAAGGCUAUUUUUUAGGUUCAUCCUGGUAUUUCACCUGAAAGCCAAAGAUACCUAACUUUUAGUGAACAGUAUAAUUUAGCAUCACCUAAAUAAAGAACUGUUCAAAUCUUAAUUCACAUCGAACUUGACCAAUAUAUAAAAUUCAGUGUGGUUUUCUAUUUUGUUGAGUUUGUUGAAAUUGUUUUGGAUCAUGUCUUGAUGUAAUUUAAAAUAUAAUGACAAGGGAUAUUUUCUGGUCAUUGCACAACAGUUGAUUAUAUACAUAGGUUUCACGUUUACAAACAUCCGUGUUGUGAUGAGGGGCAAGAUGCUAAGCAGCCAACCAGGUGAUCUGGUUGCAGUUUUCAACAAUCAGAGACAGGCUGAAGAGUGUGCACAGCCAGGGGUGUUUACAAACUUGCAACCCAUGUAUACUUUUUGAAAUAUUCUCUGUUGAGGGAGGCACUGCCCCUUACAGCAUUUUCCUUUUAAUAAAAUGGUUAAGAAAUUGUUA